UAUAUGUAUAUGUAAGCCGGCGCUUUAUGUGAGCUGAUGCCCAUAGGAAGGUUACGUUUAGAAGAACGACAUUAUUUUUGAGUUAUAAAUUCUUAAAGUGUUCUUUCGAUUCGUGCGAUAGAAGAAAUCUAUCAUGGAAGAGUUAAUGCAACAUUUAAAUAAAAUAAAAGUGCCACAAAAAGGCGAUAAAAUAUAUAAGGAUGAGUGUGUUUAUUCGUUCGAUACACCAGAUACGUCUACAGGUUUAUAUGUUAAUCUUACAACAUUUUUGGGGUUGGGACAAGAUCAUGUUCUUCAUUACUAUCAGUUAACCAAUAAUCCUGUCUUUCUUCACAUAAAACGUACAAAAAAAGAGAUUGUAUCCGAUCAAAAAGGAGAUGGUCCUGAAAAAAAGAUAACGAGAUUAGCUAUAGGAACUUCUGGUGGCUUUACGCCAGAUCAACAAAAGUAUACUUAUCACGAGGAAUAUAAAAUAGUUAUAUUGCCAAAGUUUACAGAAAUUCUAUAUCCUAAGGAUGGCUUGCCAGAACAAGUAGAAAUAGCUAUUAAGUCAAUACUGGAAUCAGAUUCUGCAUCAAAAAUAGCUGAGACUGAAACUUUAGCUGGAACUUGGGAUGGAGAAAUAAAGGCUGUAUCUAAGCAUGCAAAGAAUUUGAAGCAAUUGGACACUGGCAAAAAAAUACCUCCAAGCGGUUGGAAGUGUGAGAAAUGCGAUCUCACACAGAAUCUUUGGUUAAAUCUGACAGAUGGUUCCAUUCUUUGUGGACGUAGAUUUUACGAUGGUACUGGAGGAAACGAUCAUGCAGUUGAACAUUAUCGUAACACAAAUUAUCCACUUGCUGUUAAAUUGGGUACCAUAACAAAAGAAGGAAAAGGAGAUGUGUUUUCAUAUGAUGAAAAUGAUAUGGUAGAAGAUCCUAAUUUAAUUGAACAUUUGGCUCACUGGGGAAUCAACAUUACUCAAAUGGAAAAAACUGAUAAAUCCAUGAUCGAAUUAGAAUUAGAUCUGAAUCAAAAAUUUGGAGAAUGGGUUGCCCUUCAAGAAGCUGCAAGCAAAUUAACGCCAUUGUACGGACCUGGUUACACUGGUCUUGCUAAUCUUGGAAAUUCUUGUUAUCUAAAUAGUGUUAUGCAAAUGUUAUUUGUUAUUCCCGACUUUAUAAAAAGAUUUGUAGAUGGUGCACCACAGAUAUACAAUCAGAAUUACACUGAUCCUGCAAAUGAUUUUAAUGUUCAAAUGUCUAAACUCGGAGUUGGAUUACUUUCGGGAAAAUAUUCCGUAGCACCGAAAUCAAAUACAGAAGAUGAAUCGCGACAAGGUAUUCCUCCAAGAAUGUUCAAAACCUUGAUUGGUCGUGGACAUCCAGGUUUUUCCUCAAAUCGGCAACAAGACGCUCAGGAAUUCUUCCUACAGCUCAUUAACAUUUUAGAUCGUAACAGCAGACAUCAAGCAAAUCCUACCGACAGCUUUAAGUUUAAGGUGGAAGAACGUUAUCAGUGCACAAGAUCCGGUAAAGUGAAAUAUACUUAUCGUCCCGAAUACAUCUUACCAUUGCCUAUACCAUUAGAAGCAGUAACGAACAAGGAAGAAGUUGCGGCAUAUGAAGCACUGAAGAAAGAAACAGAAGCAAAAGGACAAAAAGUAGACCCAAAUGCUUUCGUGAGGCCACGUAUAAAGCUAAUGUCAUGCCUGGAAACUUUUAUACAACCCGAGAUAGUUGAACAAUUUUACAGUUCUGCAUUGAAUGAAAAGACUACUGCACAGAAAACAACGAGACUGGCUACAUUUCCGGAUUUCCUGUUGAUGCAUUUAAAAAAGUUUACUAUGAAGGAAAACUGGAGCCCUGUUAAAUUAGAUGUAGCAAUAGAAAUGCCAGAUAUAAUAGAUCUGAGCUCUUUACGUGGCUUAGGUUUACAACCUGGAGAAGACUUACUACCUGAAAUAGCUGGUUCUGACCCACCAUCUCCAGUCUAUGAUACAGGCAUUUUAAAUGACUUAACAGAUAUGGGUUUCCCUCAAGAAGCCUGCAAACGAGCUUUAUAUUUCACCGAAAAUCGCAGCUUAGAAGCGGCUACCAAUUGGGUAAUGGAACAUAUUGGUGAUUCUGAUAUUGCAGAUCCAUUUGUGCCUCCUGGAAUUGAUAUUAAACCAGGGAGAGAUAAAUUUAUACCAAAUGAUAAUGCUUUAGCAAUGGUGAUGAGUAUGGGUUUUACUAAAGAACAAGCAAUAAAAGCUCUUAAAGCGACUGAUAAUAAUUUAGAACGUGCAGCGGAUUGGAUAUUCAGCCAUCAAGUUGAACUGGAUGCAUUAGAUGUUGAAAAUGAUGCAGGACGUUCAGAAGAUGUAUUCCGAGAUGGCAGUAAUCAAUAUAAAUUAGUAGGAUUUAUAUCACACAUGGGGACAUCAACAAUGGUAGGACAUUAUGUCUGUCAUUUGUUAAAAGAUAAUCGAUGGGUUAUAUAUAAUGAUGAUAGAAUCGCUUUAUCUGAAAAUCCACCUAAGGAGUUGGGAUAUAUAUAUCUGUAUCAACGCAUCGAAUAGAUUACGUGACAUUGACUUUGUAUAAAAAAAUAUUAUAUCAUCCUUUAACAAUAAAAAAUACGGCAAAUAAUAAUCCUA